AUGGCUGGAUUCUACUUUUUCUGGAGCUACCACAGCGCAUCGGAGGGCGAAUUCGACUUCACGACCGGAGCGCACAACCUGCAGCGGCUGUUCGACUACGCGAAACAGGCCGGGCUGUACGUGAUCGCACGGGCCGGGCCGUACUGCAACGCCGAGACGUCGGCGGGGGGCUUCGCGCUGUGGGCGGCGAACGGCCAGAUGGGCCGCGAGCGCACCAGCGACGCGGCGUACCACGCGCGCUGGCAGGCCUGGAUCGCAGCGGUGGGCGAGAUCAUCGCCGCGAACCAGAUCACGCACGGCGGGCCGGUGAUCCUCAACCAGCACGAGAACGAGCUGCAGGAGACGGUGUACGCGGCGGACGACACGCGCGUGCAGUACAUGGAGCAGAUCGCGGCGGCGUUCGACGCGGCCGGCAUCGUCGUGCCCAGCAGCCACAACGAGAAGGGCAUGCGCGCCGUCAGCUGGUCGACGGACUACCACGACGUCGGCGGUGCAGUGAACGUGUACGGGCUGGACUCGUACCCGGGCGGGCUGUCGUGCACGAACCGCGACGCGGGCUUCCGGCUCGUGCGCACGUACUACCAGUGGUUCCAGAACUACUCGUUCACGCAGCCCGAGUACCUGCCCGAGUUCGAGGGCGGCUGGUUCCAGCCCUGGGGCGGCGCGGUGUACGACACCUGCGCGGCGGAGCUGUCGCCCGAGUUUGCCGACGUCUACUACAAGAAUAACAUCGGCUCGCGCGUGACCCUGCAGAACCUGUACAUGGUGUUUGGUGGCACGAACUGGGGGCAUAGUGCCGCGCCGGUCGUCUACACCUCGUACGACUAUGGCGCGCCGCUGCGCGAGACCCGCGAGGUGCGCGAUAAGCUGAAGCAGACCAAGCUGCUGGGCUUGUUUACGCGCGUGUCGGGCGAUCUGCUCAAGACGUACAUGGAGGGGAAUGGCACCGGGUAUACGAGCGACGCGGCGGUGUUCACCUGGGCGCUGCGCAACCCGGACACGCAUGCCGGGUUUUAUGUCGUUGCGCAUGAGAGUAGUCCGUCGCGGGCAGUGACGGACUUUGCGUUGAACGUCAACACGUCUGCAGGGGCCAUGACCAUCCCCGAUAUCCAGCUCGACGGCCGUCAGAGCAAGAUCGUCGUGACGGAUUACAGCGCCGGAAGAGCGUCUCUGCUGUACUCGUCGGCGGAGGUGCUCACCUAUACGACGCUGGACACGGACGUACUGGUGUUCUACCUGAAUGUCGGGCAGACGGGGACGUUUGCGUUCAAGCACGCCCCGCGCGGCCUUCGCUUCCAGGUGUAUGGCGAGUCGAAGCUGCGCGCCGCCAACACCACUCACGGCACGCAGUAUUCGUACGUCCAGGCCGAGGGCGUCACGGCGGUGAAGUUCUCCAACGGCGUGGUGGUGUAUCUCCUCGACAAGGCGUCUGCGUGGAACUUCUUUGCGCCGCCGCUAACCUCCACGCCGGAGGUCGCCCCGGACCAACACAUCUUCGUGCUGGGCCCGUAUCUUGUGCGCGGCGCGUCGAUCAAGGGCACCACGGUGGAGAUUACAGGAGACAACGCCAACACCACCUCUCUCGAGGUGUACGCCGGAGACGACAAGGUAACCAAGGUCAAAUGGAACGGAAAGCCCGUCAAGACCAAACGCACCGCCUACGGCAGUCUAAUCGGGACGGCCCCCGGCGCGGAAGACGUCAAAAUCACCCUCCCAUCGCUAGGCCCGUGGAAAGCACAGGAUACGCUCCCGGAGAUCGACCCGGCGUACGACGACUCCCGCUGGACGGUAUGCAACAAGACCACCUCCGUGAACGCGCAGAAGCCGCUCUCCCUCCCGGUGCUGUACUCGGGCGACUACGGAUACCACACAGGGACGAAGAUCUACCGCGGCCGGUUCGACGGGCAGAACGCGACGGCGGCCAACGUCACCGUGCAGAACGGCGUGGCGGCCGGCUGGGCCGCCUGGCUGAACGGGGCGUACGUGGGCGGCGCGGUGGGCAGCCCCAGCCAGGUGACGACGUCCGCCGUGCUCACCUUUAACCAGUCCACUCUGCGCGCCCGCGACAACGUCCUCACUGUCGUCACCGACUAUACAGGCCACGACCAGAACAGCCAGGGCCCGCUGGGCACGCAGAACCCGCGCGGCAUUCUGGGCGCGACGCUGGCGGGCGGGGCUACCUUCACCUCGUGGCGCAUCCAGGGCAACGCAGGCGGGGAGCGGAACAUCGACGCCGUGCGCGGCCCUAUGAACGAGGGCGGGCUGUAUGGCGAGCGCAUGGGCUGGCAUCUGCCUGGGUACGAGGCGGCGGCCGCCGCGGCGGCCAGCAGUCCGCUGGACGGGGUGUCCGGCGCGGAGGGGCGGUUCUACACGACGCGCUUCCGGCUUGACCUGCCGGCUGACAUGGACGUGCCGAUUGGGCUGCAGCUGGGGGCGCCCGCCGGCACGGCGGCGGUGGUGCAGGUGUUCAUGAACGGGUACCAGUUUGGCCACUACCUGCCGCAUAUCGGGCCGCAGACGCUGUUCCCGUUUCCGCCGGGGGUGAUCAAUAACCGCGGGGAGAAUACGCUGGCGAUUAGUCUGUGGGCGUUGACGGAUGCCGGGGCGCGGCUAGAUCGGGUGGAGCUGAAGACGUAUGGUCAGUAUCGGAGUGGGUUUGAUUUUAAUCGGGAUUGGAGUUAUUUGCAGCCUCGUUGGACUGACCGGGCGGAGUAUGCAUAG